UAACGCAAGAGCUCCAUCAAGAACAUCAACUAUUCAAAUAAUUAUUUCCCGUGGUAUAGAAAUGCGACUGCAGCUCGCAUUGCUUCCUUCAUUAUGCCGUCAGCAGGAUUAAGGCAAUGCAUUCAUGAUGUGACGCUCUAUUUGAUUUAUCUGAUUUUCAUUUCUGCCCUUGGCCCACUACAGUUCGGUUUCCAUCUGGCUGAGCUCAAUGCUCCUCAAGAUGUUAUCACCUGCAAGAAGACCUCCGUUGCCGAACAUGUCGCCUCGACGCCCGACUCCAAACUUCCACAAUGCAUUCCUAUGAGCGAAGCCGAGUUCGCUCUCCUGUCCUCGAUGUUCGUCUUGGGAGGCUUCAUAGGUGCUGUCUCGUCGGGUCCGCUAUCUUCCCAGCAUGGCAGAUUGCUGGCUAUGCGGAUUACGAGCGUCUUCUUCGUUCUUGGAGCUACCGUUGAGACUCUAGCUGGCACGGUACCCAUCAUGGCGAUUGGCAGAAUGCUGUCUGGUGUGGGAGGAGGAGCGUCGACUGUUAUUGUUCCCAUAUACAUCUCAGAGAUUGCACCCCCACACGAGAGAGGGCUGUUUGGAUCAACGACCCAGGUGGCCAUCAACAUUGGAAUUUUGAUUACCCAAACAAUGGGAUACUACCUAAGCAAGGGCUCUCUAUGGAGGAUCAUACUAGGGGCUGGAGCUGGACUCGGUUUGGUACAAGGACUUGGGAUGUGCUUCAUGCCAGAAAGUCCUGCGUGGUUGGCAGCGCACAAGCAAUCUCAAAAAGCCGUUCGAGUACUGCAGCGAGUUCGAGGCCACUCCUACGAUAUCUCGGAGGAAAUCAACGACUGGGAUAUUGAUAAAGAUACAACAGAAGAAGAGCGCCUUCUCAUUGACCCAGAAACCAGACGUCGAGAAUCAGUCACCAGUAAAGCUUCUGCCGCAAAUACUGCACAUGUCGGAUUCUUCCAGAUCGCCAACGACCCAUUUUACCGUCCUGUUCUCAUCGCUGUGAUUGGUAUUAUGGUGUCUCAACAGUUCACUGGUAUCAACAGCAUCAUGAUGUAUUCGGUGUCACUGCUAGCAGGCGUUCUUCCCAUCACCUCCAGUCUACUCACGAUUAUGAUUUCGAUCAUCAACCUUAUCACUACGAUCAUAUGUGCUCCUUUGGCGGACAAGAUCGGCCGCAAAGCUUGUCUUUUGCUCUCCAUCGCAGGAAUGGGAUCUAUGUCUCUAUGCCUAGCUAUAUCCAUGCGGCUAGACCUCAAGCUCCUAUCAGCAAUCUCUGUCCUUGCAUUUGUUGCUUUCUUCGCCACUGGUUUAGGACCAGUACCUUUCAUGAUGGCAAGUGAGCUUGUUGGGACGGAAGCUGUUGGUGCAACACAGAGUUGGGCAUUAGGAGCCAACUAUGUUGCAACUUUCAUCGUUGCUCAAUUCUUCCCAAUCAUUAACACUUUGUUGAAUGAGAAGUUAGGAGGGAAGGGAUGGGCAUUCUUCAUCUUUACUGGACUAGCAGCUCUUUGCUUCUUGUUCGUUUCGUGGAGGGUUCCCGAGACGAAGGGGAAGAGGGAUCCCGAUGAGGUUUGGGGUCGGGAAAGAAGAAUUGAUUGAAUUUGAGCGUUGUCUUUUGGUGUUGGGCUGCACUGGACUGGAGACUGUUGGGCGAGGGGUUUGGCGUAACCUACCUGGAUAGUGAUUUGGUUCAGAUGUUGAUUGUUGAUUGCAAUAGAAUUCACCUUUCAAUCACUU